AUGUCGCUCACGCCCUCGCCCUCCACCGGCAGGGGCGACCUCAUCCUCCAGCCGUCCUACUUCACCUCCUCGCUCUUCGUGAACCCGUACAGAGCAGACGUGCAGCGCCUCCUCGAUCUCUACGCAGCCGAGUACGCCCCACCCGCCCCGCCCUUCGCGCUCUUCAAACGCGUCUGGAAAUCCCAGGGAUGGCUCUGGAUGCACCUCAAGGUCUUCGACGACCGAUCCCGCGAGGCUUUCCUGCGCGUCGCCACCAGGCUCUUCGUCGAACGGCUUGUCGAGACCGAGCCACCGUUCACCCGCGCAGUCGCCCUCUUCGCCCUCUACAUAUUCUACUCCACCCAGCCGGCAGACGCCUGUCCCGCACUCUACAUGCUCCGGCACGUCGACAUCGCCGUGGACACCUACACCUCUCUUCUCUCCCUCCCCGCCGCCCUCCGUCCCGAGUUUGAGCCACUCGCGCCCUACGCCACGCACGUCCUGAAAAAGCUCCUCGCAGCGAAGGCCUUCUACAUCCUCCCCCCUUCCACCUUGCACCCCUACAACCCCCGCACCCUCCCCCGCGAGAUCUUCGUCCCCGACGACCCCUCUCCCGCCCCCUCCGGCGCCUCCACUCCCGCGCCCGCGCCCGCCCCCACACUCCCCCCUGCCCCCACCCCCAUCCCGACCGCCCCCCAACCCCCCAAAAAACGCGGCCGCCCCUCCCACGCCGACCGCCUCAAAAAAACCCGCGACGCAGUCGCCAGCAUCGACCGCUGGCUC